CCGGUUAUGGCGGCGCCGAUGUGUGUUUGUCCAUGAGGCGGAGAGCGCGAGCUAUUCUCACGGACUGAACCUGAACGAAAGCAGCGAUGGCGGGUGUAUUCGACAUCGAUUUGGAUCAGCCGGAGGAAAAUGUCUCCGACGAUGAGCUCGAGGAGGUAAUUUUCUCGAUUCUGUCGGGUGUUGUUGCACGAGGAUUCGAUGUAACUGCUAAUAGCCAUGCUAGCUAGUUUGCUAUAGCCAGGCCUGUCGUCUUGGUUUGUUGCUAAUGCAUUAGGCCCAAUUUUGACAACGCUACCAGCUAGCCUUCUAACAUUAGCUAGCCACAGAUCAGCCAGCUAACUCAUGAGCUGUCACUUGUUCUCAGCUGUUACGAGAUAGUUGUUAUACAUUUAAUUAAAACAUUUGCAUACUUAAUGCUUUAUACUAAUAAUUGAAUAUUAUAUUUUCAAGCUUGCUAGACAGUCACUGCAGCAAAGGCAAGCGUUCUUUGGUUGCUGGUGUGCAACAGCUUAUUUUGACACUUCUGCAGUUUGGAACAAUAUGGACUGGAGGUCCUUAUGUGGACACACAGGCAGAUCCCAAUUUGGACAAGAUUUGAUGAUGGGUUAUAGUGGACAUGCACCGUUUUGAUAGGUCUAUCUGAACAAUUUGUGAUAACUAGCUAGUGAUUAGGCUGUAUACGGCCAUGCUUACAUGGUAUGAACGAACUGUAUUCAUGCGCUGACAGUUAGCUACCAAGAAUGACAACUGUUGCGUAAACAUUUCGUACUCUAUUGAACAUCUCAAGUUCAGUGCCUUUUGGGAAACACUAAAUAUCAUAUCAUGUUACAUGUUUUUUGGCUGUAAAAUAUUUACCUCCAUAAAGAUUUGUAAACAUUUAUGACAAAAUACAUGUAAAUUAGGGGUCAAUUCCAAGGCUGUCAAGAUUUUUAAAAGCAGUCUACAGCUCUAGAUUCACUAUCCAGGGUUUUGAAAUAAAUGGUAACAAAACAUAUUUGAAUUUAACCUGCUUACACAUGAUGAUAUACUCUUGCAUGUUGGACUAUGUUGAGUAAAUGUUUUAGCUAACAUUGCAUUGAUUUCAGUUGAUGUCCUUCCAUCUUGUAGUCAAGAUUGAACACUUAUAAAAUAAUCAAUAUUCCUGUUGAAUCUAAUGAGAUGCUACUGCUGUUCUAUGGCUCUGCAGUGAUUUCAGUUAUAAAGCAGAUUUGUUUUGACAUUUUCUGUCAUAGGCUCAGAUCAACGAUUUCAUGGACCAGUGCAGCGGCUUUGAAUUGUAAGUGUUGACACUUAGCAUUAUGAAGGCCUGGUCGAUUAAAUCAUUCUGUUGACCAGUCACAGAAAUUGUACCGCGCUUCGGUCAGUGUGUUGUAAGUGAGCAUAUAGUUACAUUACUUAUUUCCCCAGCAAUAUGGACGACUGUGAGAAGAUAGAGAUAUCUGAGGACAACGUCAACCAAGGAACAGAGAACAUCAGGCCGGAGUGUUUUGAGCUGCUGCGGGUGCUGGGAAAGGGCGGUUAUGGAAAGGUACGGUACUGUUCCCCUGAGAGCCAUGAAAAUGCAUCCUCCUCUUAUUCAAAUGUUUUUUCAUAGGCUUUUAUGACGUUUUAUUCAAAUUCCAUCUCACACUUGUCAUUAUUUGGCCUGGCCCAUUGUGUUGAACUGGUUACUCCCUUUCUUCUUCUUUUUUAGGUUUUUCAAGUUCGAAAAGUUGCUGGAGCGGCAUCGGGGAAGAUAUUUGCCAUGAAGGUUUUAAAGAAGGUACCUAAAAACAAUAUUCAAACACACAUUUAUUUAUAUUUAGUACAUCAUUGGCAGCAUGCAUAUCCAUCUUCUCUCAAUUUUGUCUCAAACUUAGUAAAUAUGACAAAUAAACAUUGUUUUAUGUUGCUUCUGUCUGCGAAUAUUGGCUUUCCUUGAAGCCUGUUGGUGGGUAUGGUCUUGUUGGUAGUUUGCCAUCUUCGCUGCUGCAGUCUUGGCAUUAAGAAGCUGUCUCAGUCCAUUAGAUGUUGCACAAUAGAUACAGUGCUUUUGCUUGAUCAGUGAAAGGGACUUUAAUGACAGAUGCAGUCACAUACCACUUCAUCAAGAUUUGUCCACCAAGCUAUGCUACAAAAAUGCACAGAAAAGCCAAUUGCUUAAUUUCAAACACAAAUGUUCUCAGCAACACUGAGUUCAAUGUUAGUGCAUUCUUGACAGUGGCGUCUUGAACUGAUAAUUAAAUGUAUUUUAUCAUGUGGCUUUUGAAAUGGCAGACUAGCGGUAUUAGCAUGAAUAAUGGUCAUUCAUGUUUUGGGGCCUCUCAGGCUAUGAUUGUACGCAACGCUAAGGACACGGCCCACACCAAGGCGGAGAGGAACAUCCUGGAGGAAGUGAAGCAUCCUUUCAUCGUGGAUCUCAUCUACGCCUUCCAGACGGGGGGCAAGCUGUACCUCAUCCUGGAGUACCUCAGCGGUCAGUAAAUCAGGGGUCACACAGGCAGUUACACCAAAUAACCUAUUCACCCGAAGAUAAACAACCAUCCAUUCUUUCCACACUCUUCCUGUUGCCCAAGAGUUGCUGGGGAGUCAGACUGAAUCUCUUUACACAUGAGCAGUCCCAGUCAUGCAGAUGGUUUCUCUUAUUCUGAGACCAAAGGAUGGUUUCACCAAAAUUAUUAUUCAAAUCAUCUGAAUUGGUUUUCACACACAGGACGUUGGCCUUUGCAUACUUUACAUCAACACCUUAAUGAGCCUCCUCUGCUCAUUGCAUCUAACCAUAAUGUAUGUAGUAGUGCCUACAUCCUGUCUACCAUCCCUUCCUGUCUGUGCACCUCUAGAGUUGGACAAGAAUGCACACUAUGGUAUGUGAAAUUCAAUCAAUUUCAGGAUUCAAAAUUAAAUUGGUGAAAGAGUUAAUUUGGUGUAGUCUCCCCACAAUUACUUUGUUCAUUUGUACAACACUACAAUUAUUGUGUCUGUUUCAGUUUUAAUUCAUUUUGUUGUAAUUUUCAGGUGGAGAGCUGUUUAUGCAACUGGAAAGAGAGGGGAUUUUUAUGGAAGACACAGCCUGGUGAGUAGAGAUGACGAAAGGCAAUGUAGUCAUACCAGUGUCAGUUUUCUUACAUCCACUGUACUAAGACACGUCUUUGGAAUAACCUACACCAGUAUGUUAGUUGGUGAAAGGGAAAAUGCAAUUUACAAAAGCAGUAAACUGAAGAUUAGGUUGGCUGUGGCACAGAAAAUAAUUUAGUAAAAAUCAAUAUAGUGGGUAUAUACAAUGUAAAUGUGGUUUCUUUCUUAUCUGCAGCUUUUACCUGGCAGAAAUCUCCAUGGCUCUGGGCCAUCUGCACCAGAAAGGCAUCAUCUAUAGAGACCUGAAGCCUGAAAACAUCAUGCUUAACAACCAAGGUAAUGCUGGUGCUGGGUAAGGAUGUCACAACAGAUGUCCUGAGUUCCAAUCAUGUGCACUGCAAGUCAGACAACGUUUGAUGCUACAUUAGCUGUAAAUAUAUCUACAUUUGUGCAUGUACAGUACCAGUCAAAAGUUUGUUCACACCUACUCAUUCAAGGGUUUUUAUUUAUUUUUUACUAUUUUCUACAUUGUAGAAUAAUAGUGAAGACAUCAAAACUAUGAAAUAACACAUGUAAUCAUGUAGUAACCAAAAAAGUGUUAAACAAAUCAAAAUAUAUUUGAGAUUGUUAAAAUAGCCACCCUUUGCCUUGAUGACAGCUUUGCACACUCUUGACAUUCUCUCAACCAGCUUCAUGAGGUAGUCACCUGGAAUGCAUUUCAAUUAACAGCUGUGCCUUCUUAAAAGUUAAUUUGUGGAAUUUCUUUCCAUCUUAAUGGGGUUCAGCCAUUCAGUUUUGUUGAGACAAGGUAGUAUUGAUCCCCUGCUGAUUUUGUACGUUUGCCCACUGACAAAGACAUGAUCAGUCUAUAAUUUUAAUGGUAGGUUUAUUUGAACGCAUGUCAAAAAUGUUAUAAAUUGAUUUGCAUUUUAAUGAGGGAAAUAAGUAUUUGACCCCUCUGCAAAACAUGACUUAGUACUUGGUGGCAAAACCCUUGUUGGCAAUCACAGAGGUCAGACGUUUCUUGUAGUUGGCCACCAGGUUUGUACACAUCUCAGGAGGGAUUUUGUCCCACUCCUCUUUGCAGAUCUUCUCCAAGUCAUUAAGGUUUCGAGGCUGACGUUUGGCAAUGGAACCUUCAGCUCCCUCCACAGAUUUUCUAUGGGAUUAAGGUCUGGAGACUGGCUAGGCCACUCCAGGACCUUAAUGUGCUUCUUCUUGAGCCACCCCUUUGUUGCCUUGGCCGUGUGUUUUGGGUCAUUGUCAUGCUGGAAUACCCAUCCACGACCCAUUUCCAAUGCCCUGGCUGAGGGAAGGAGGUUCUCACCCAAGAUUUGACAGGACAUGGCCCCGUCCAUCGUCCCUUUUAUGCAGUGAAGUUGUCCUGUCCCCUUAGCAGAAAAACACCCCCAAAGCAUAAUGUUUCCACCUCCAUGUUUGACGGUGGGGAUGGUGUUCUUGGGGUCAUAGACAGCAUUCCUCCUCCUCCAAACACGGCGAUUUGAGUUGAUGCCAAAGACCUCGAUUUUGGUCUCAUCUGACCACAACACUUUCUCCCAGUUCUCCUCUGAAUCAUUCAGAUGUUCAUUGGCAAACUUCAGACGGGCCUGUAUAUGUGCUUUCUUGAGCAGGGGGACCUUGCGGGCGCUGCAGGAUUUCAGUCCUUCACGGCUUAGUGUGUUACUAAUUGUUUUCUUGGUGACUAUGGUCCCAGCUGCCUUGAGAUCAUUGACAAGAUCCUCCUGUGUAGUUCUGGGCUGAUUCCUCAACAUUCUCAUGAUCAUUGCAAAUCCACGAGGUGAGAUCUUGCAUGGAGCCCCAGGCAGAGGGAGAUUGACAGUUAUUUUGUGUUUCUUCCAUUUGCGAAUAAUCGCUCCAACUGUUGUCACCUUCUCACCAAGCUGCUUGGCGAUGGUCUUGUAGCCCAUUCCAGCCUUGUGUAGGUUUACUAUCUACACAAUUAAGAGUGUGCUCCUAAUCUCAGCUCAUUACUUGUAUAAAAGACACCUGGGAGCCAGAAAUCUUUCUGAUUGAGAGGGGGUCAAAUACUUAUUUCCCUCAUUAAAAUGCAAAUCAAUUUAUAACAUUCUUGACAUGCGUUUUUCUGGAUUUUUUUGUUGUUAUUCUGUCUCUCACUGUUCAAAUAAACCUACCAUUUAAAAUUAUAGACUGAUCAUUUCUUUGUCAGUGGGCAAACGUACAAAAUCAGCAGGGGAUCAAAUACUUUUUUACCUCACUGUACAUGAUUCCAUAUGUUAUUUCAUAGUUUUGACAUCUUCACUAUUAUUCUACAAUGUAAAAAUAAAGGAAAUCCCUUGAAUGAGUAGGUGUGUCCAAACUUUUCACUGGUAGUGUAUAUGUGCUUCAUGUUAGACAUUAGGGCUGGGAAUUGCCAGGGACCUCAUGAUACGAUAUUAUCACGAUACUUAGGUGCUGAUACUAUAUGUAUUGCGAUUCUCACGAUUGUAUAUGUAUUGCGAUUCGAUACUGCGAUUUGAUGUUCCAAAAAUAUUGCUCACUAUAAGUCUGCUGCUGAGACACGAGAGGACAUGAGAAAACGAUUUUGAUCAGACAUGGAAAUAAAUGCUGAAAAUAUGUUGGCUCACUAUUUAAAAAGAUGGAGAACAAGCUAUAGGAUGAAAAACACCAGAGUUUUGGUGCAGGUAGAGCUGACUAGCGCUAGCUAACGCUACCUACCGUAGCAAACAAAUACAAAUAUAAAUUGAUAAUUAGAGUCAAAUAUUGGUAUAAUAUAAUCAAAAAAUAAUAUUGCGAUAUGUAACUACAUUAUUUCCCCCUAUCACUAUUACACAAGAUUAUUCAGCAGGAAAUGUAAUUUUCUAAAUGUUCUGCAUGUCCACCUCAAAGUGAAAUUGACUGAAUUGUUUCUGUGUUGUGUGUUUUUCCAGGCCAUGUGAAACUAACUGACUUUGGGCUGUGUAAAGAGUCCAUUCACGGCGGCACAGUCACUCAUACUUUCUGUGGCACCAUAGAGUACAUGUAAGUCACACUUUUUAAAAUACACACCACCUGUUGUUCAUGUAAAUCUGUUGAAAGCUGUGCUAUUGUUUAUCAAUUGACUGCCUCAGUCUUUCAUGAAAUGAUGAUGAAAAUGUUGAUGUUGUUGUGUCAGGGCUCCAGAGAUCCUGAUGAGAAGUGGACACAACAGAGCAGUGGACUGGUGGAGUCUCGGAGCACUUAUGUACGACAUGCUGACUGGAGCGGUGAGUGAAAAACGUAUUUCAUAGGCUCCUGUUUAUAAUGACGUGGGAAUACAACAACUUCUGUUACAAUCAAGCAGUGUUGACUAGAGUUUUUGCGGUGACCAUAUUACCGCCACACUGACGGUCACGAGUCAUGAAGGCAGUCAAAUACCAUGUGACGUUUAGUCACGGUAAUUAGGCUUCUCCAAGCUCUGAUGCUGCUGAUGGUCAAUCAAACACUUCAUGAGAGCUCAUGUUGUGCAACAUUUCUAUAGGCUAUGCAAUUGCGUGAGAAAACAGAGUGAUGGCCUCUACUAAAAAGAGGAGGAUCCCAUCAGCUUUCUAUAGGCUAGGCCUACUAUAUUUACAGUGGGGGAAAAAAAGUAUUUAGUCAGCCACCAAUUGUGCAAGUUCUCCCACUUAAAAAGAUGAGAGAAGCCUGUAAUUUUCAUCAUAGGUACACGUCAACUAUGACAGACAAAAUGAGGAAAAGAAAUCCAGAAAAUCACAUUGUAGGAUUUUUAAUGAAUUUAUUUGCAAAUUAUGGUGGAAAAUAAGUAUUUGGUCAAUAACAAAAGUUUCUCAAUACUUUGUUAUAUACCCUUUGUUGGCAAUGACACAGGUCAAACAUUUUCUGUAAGUCUUCACAAGGUUUUCACACACUGUUGCUGUUAUUUUGGCCCAUUCCUCCAUGCAGAUCUCCUCUAGAGCAGUGAUGUUUUGGGGCUGUCGCUGGGCAACACGGACUUUCAACUCCCUCCAAAGAUUUUCUAUGGGGUUGAGAUCUGGAGACUGGCUAGGCCACUCCAGGACCUUGAAAUGCUUCUUACGAAGCCACUCCUUCGUUGCCCGGGCGGUGUGUUUGGGAUCAUUGUCAUGCUGAAAGACCCAGCCACGUUUCAUCUUCAAUGCCCUUGCUGAUGGAAGGAGGUUUUCACUCAAAAUCUCACGAUACAUGGCCCCAUUCAUUCUUUCCUUUACACGGAUCAGUCGUCCUGGUCCCUUUGCAGAAAAACAGCCCCAAAGCAUGAUGUUUCCACCCCCAUGCUUCACAGUAGGUAUGGUGUUCUUUGGAUGCAACUCAGCAUUCUUUGUCCUCCAAACACGACGAGUUGAGUUUUUACCAAAAAGUUAUAUUUUGGUUUCAUCUGACCAUAUGACAUUCUCCCAAUCCUCUUCUGGAUCAUCCAAAUGCACUCUAGCAAACUUCAGACGGGCCUGGACAUGUACUGGCUUAAGCAGGGGGACACGUCUUGCACUGCAGGAUUUGAGUCCCUGGCGGCGUAGUGUGUUAUUGAUGGUAGGCUUUGUUACUUUGGUCCCAGCUCUCUGCAGGUCAUUCACUAGGUCCCCCCGUGUGGUUCUGGGAUUUUUGCUCACCGUUCUUGUGAUCAUUUUGACCCCACGGGGUAAGAUCUUGCGUGGAGCCCCGUGUCUUCCAUUUCCUAAUAAUUGCUCCCACAGUUGAUUUCUUCAAACCAAGCUGCUUACCUAUUGCAGAUUCAGUCUUCCCAGCCUGGUGCAGGUCUACAAUUUUGUUUCUGGUGUCCUUUGACAGCUCUUUGGUCUUGGCCAUAGUGGAGUUUGGAGUGUGACUGUUUGAGGUUGUGGACAGGUGUCUUUUAUACUGAUAACAAGUUCAAACAGGUGCCAUUAAUACAGGUAACGAGUGGAGGACAGAGGAGCCUCUUAAAGAAGAAGUUACAGGUCUGUGAGAGCCAGAAAUCUUGUCUGUAGGUGACCAAAUACUUAUUUUCCACCAUAAUUUGCAAAUAAAUUCAUUAAAAAUCCUACAAUGUGAUUUUCUGGAUUUUUUUCUUCUCAAUUUGUCUGUCAUAGUUGAUGUGUACCUAUGAUGAAAAUUACAGGCCUCUCUCAUCUUUUUAAGUGGGAGAACUUGCACAAUUGGUGGUUGACUAAAUACUUUUUUCCCCCACUGUAUUUCUCAACUUUCCUAAUAUUAAGCACAUUGUUUAUCUUUACAACAGGAGUAUAGCCUACCUGGCUGGUAUGAAAAUUAACCACAGGAAAAGUGUCCUCUAUUUGCUAUUUAAGUGCAUAGAUUACAUGUAUUUCUUCCCGCUGCCCCUGUUUCGAGACAGGCGCAUGAUAAUGGUCCAUUCUAAAUCAAAACAAAUUUCACACAUAUUAUUUAGUAUAUGUAAAGACGAUUAAAUCAAGAAUAGUCUGAUGGGUGAGAAUAUUAGCCUAUCACUUGUGAAUUUUGCCCAGCAUAAGAAACUGCCUUUUUUUUGUGACUUUUUCUAAUCAGAGUCACACACCUCAUGUAGCCUAGCCCAUAGGCCUAUAUGUUUUGAUAAGGUUCGUAUCACAACUAAAGUGGCCAAAUAACUUCUUAAAAUUAAGCACAUUAAUCCGCUGUACAAGGGGUUUAGAGCCUAACUGGCAUACAUAAGCAGCACGUGAGUUUGAAGUUUGGGGAAGAUAAUUGUCACCAUAAAAAUGCACCUUCAUAAUAAAAGCAUUACAUGCAUAAUCGCAUUUGCGGUCACUUUUGAUAAUGGUGUUUUCCCACUAAUGUGUUCAUUGCUGCACUUUAUAAUGUGAAGAAAUAGCCUAAUAGUAUAUCAACAUUUUAUGCUAGUGGUUGUAUUAAUUUGGGAUCUAUUGCACCCCACAACUGUCCCAGACUAUGUUUGGAAUAUGUAUUUCUCGCGCAGAAUAGAAUAGGUCGACUUUUGUACUAUAAUAAUAAUAAUAUGCCAUUUAGCAGACGCUUUUAUCCAAAGCGACUUACAGUCAUGCGUGCAUACAUUUAUUUUAUUUUUUUGUGUGUGUAUGGGUGGUCCCGGGGAUCGAACCCACUACCCGUGCUCUACCAGCUGAGCUACUGAGGACCACUAUGGGGGAUAGUAGAUUGACAUAGGCUAGUGCUUUUGCUGUUCGUUAGGACUACUCAUGUUGUUGGCUGACAAAGGGAAUGUGGACAGUUCUUCCAAUAUCUUCAAUAUGCACCUCGGAAUUGGAUAAGGACGCGCCCAGUUGCGUCCCCGAUGUGUCUGUCUUCACUUGUAGCCUGUGAGAAAGACCCGAUCACGUGAUUGAGAGCCAUGUGAGUGAGAGGCGCUUCGGAUUGCGCAGAACUCAGGGAGAAGGGCACAACGCAGCACUCCGGGCCGCAAUAGGCAUGGAUUUUUUUGGGUGCAUUAUGGCCACAAAGGGGAUGCCGCGAAAUUCGAGGCAUUAUCAAGUGCUUGUCAAAUUGUGAAUGAGAGACUAUAGGAGUGUGUACAGCCUGUGCAAAGAACAAAGCAGAGCUCAUGCCUCAUAAUUAGUCUCAUCAUGCAGCCUUACAAUGUAUUAAAAAUCAAAACAUACAGCCCAACGUUUGUAGAACAACUGAAGUUACAUUAAUAACUCUAAAUUAAGCAUAUAGGAGUAUUUCUUUGUUAACCGCUCAACACAGAAUAGCCGCAUGUGCGCACACUCCCUCAAAUCGUUUGGAGAAAAUAUUUAUAUUUUAUUCAGCUUUGUUCAAUUGUAUUAUUCAUAAUAUAAAAUAAUGCCACGGAAUUCUAAGCAUAUCUUGUCUGCUAAAUGAACUAGUGUAGCCCACAGCCAUUUGGCAUAGCCACAUCAGGACCUGCUAUUCUUUUCUUCUGAAGUAGACUACAUUUUCUUCAUAUCAUGCGUCUUUAAACCUGUCUAAAAGGUGUAGGUGUAGGCUAUAUUACAUGGAUUUAUUCGACUUUUUAAAAUGUAGAUGUUCCAAAGGUCUGCAUCAGUGGCUUGUAGGCUAUGUGUGGAAGCCAGGAGAUGCUAAAUGUGUUUGUUAAUUAACGGUCACCGUGAGACCGACAUUUGCUUGACAAUCACCCGGCUGACUACAUUUUGUGUCCGCCACAGCCCUAGUGUUGACCCAAGGUUAUUAUUUUGUUCUUCAAAUGUAGCCACCCUUCACUGGUGAAAACAGGAAGAAGACCAUUGACAAAAUCUUAAAAUGUAAGCUGAACCUCCCACCCUACCUCACACAAGAAGCCAGAGAUCUCCUGAAAAGGGUAACUAUUUGUUUAACAUAUUUUACCUUUUUAUUUUCAUUUUGGUAAUCGCAUAAGUAUUUAUACUUUUCCUUGUUCUUGAUUUUAAGCUGCUGAAGAGAAAUGCCUCGUCAAGACUUGGAGCAGUGGCUGGAGAUGCUACAGAGGUGCAGGUGAGAACAAGAGAAGGAGUGACUUGAUGCUGCCAAGACAAAUGUGACCUCAACCUUGAGAAUGUAGAGGGCAGGAGAGUUUGAGAUUCUACCCCAUUCUGGCAAGCGACACUUUCUGUCUCAAGCCUUUGAUCACAAUACAACAGAAGAUGACCCUAAAUAAAAAGUGUUCAAAAGUGAGAGGGGACAGGGAAGUAUUGAAAUUAAAAUGCUAUUGUUAUAAUAAUUAUUUUGCUGAUCUUUCCUUAGGCUCAUCCCUUCUUCCGACACAUUAACUGGGAAGAGCUCCUGGCCAGGAAAGUGGAGGCUCCUUUCAAGCCUUUCCUGGUAAGUGGAAGAAGAGCUUCUGUUUGUUCUAGACAACCUUUCCAGCUCUCAAAGGCGUUAGACUCUGUAACAUACCUGAUCUGUUUUAUCCAUAGCAAUCUGCUGAAGACGUAAGCCAGUUUGACUCCAAGUUCACCAGCCAGACACCAGUAGACAGCCCAGACGACUCCACGCUCAGUGAAAGCGCCAACCAAGCCUUUCUGGUAAGACUGCUACAUAUCUUGUUAGAGAUUACAUGUUUUAAUUUUGGGGGGCCCAUCCAGGCCCUCUUCUGAGGAAAAAAAUAAACUUAGUUUAAAGGUUUUUCUUUUGUUGUUACAUGUACAUUUUACACACAUUACACUUUUUUUUUUUUUUUUUUUACAUGGCACAAAUAAAGUAAUUUGAUAUUUGGAUAUACAUUACAUCUAGAUAGUACUUAUACAUGACGUUUUCAGUUAUAACUAUUAUAGAACAUGAGCUUUUAAACCCACCCCUCAGCUACUCUCAGUCCAUCCCACCUAUCUCCCUAAACCGCCCUCUUAUGAUUUCCAUGUGCCAUAUAUUUUUCAACUGGGCUGUGAUGUUUCACAUAAAUUCGGAACCUGUCUAAUCGCAUUGUACAUGUGUUCAUUUUGCUCAUAAGACAAAAUCAUGAUAUGACAGAAUUCACCUUAAUUUCUCCUUUUAUAUUUGUAGGCAGUACUGGUGACAGUAACCCCUCUGUCAUUCCUUCUGCAGGGCUUUACGUAUGUUGCUCCAUCAGUACUGGAAAACGUCAAGGAAAAGUUCUCAUUCGAGCCAAAAAUCCGCUCACCCCGACGGUUUUUGGGUAGCCCAAGAACACCAGCCAGGUAUUCUGUCAUUUCAGCCACUUCGGCUGUUCCUAUAUAGCUUGUACAACAUUGAAUUUGCCUCAUCACCACAUAGUCAAGGUAUGUCCCCUAUUCCUUUUCAGCCCUCUCAAGUUCUCUGCUAGUGACAUGUGGCCCCGAGGCCCUUUGAUGCCCGGCGGAUCCUCUCUCUGUCUCCAGUCGCCCCAGGAGCAGGUCAUGGAGGUGUCAACCCCAGAACAGAUGGAUGUGCAGGCCAGCUCUGAGGCCUCAGCCCCCCUGCCCAUCCGCCAGCCUACGGGGGCCAACCUGUCCCAGUUCAAACAACAGGCCUACCCUGUCAUGGCCAAGAGGCCCGGGCAUCUACGCAUGAACCUAUGACCAGCAGCUCAUCUUAGAGGAUUUUGUUUCUUUGUUGAUAAUUUUAAUUUUUUAUUUUUUAAGAUAAGGACACUAGAGACAAUGAAACUCAAAAUUUCACUUCUACACACACCAUCACUACCUGAAGUCUCCCUCAGGCGCUAACCUCCAGUGUGCUGCAGCUGAGAUCUGCAGACUAAGCCACUGCCUCAGGUCCCCUUGACCUCUGCAUCCUGACCCCUAUCAGGACUGGACCAGCGAGAUGGGGCAUCACUUUGGAUAUUUUACUUUUUUUUUAUUACUCCAUCCUACCACAAAAAAAGGAAUGAGAUAAAAACGUAUCAAAUGUGACCUGUCACAAUUCACACUAAUGUGCAGUAUAUAAAACAUAAUCCAAAGUGCAUCAUGCUAGAUGAUCGAUUGCUGAUGAGGAAUGAAUUGCUUCCACUGUACACUUGGGAGAUUUGACAGUAUUUCUUGAAGAUUGCCUCCUGGCUCAGAAUGAAAUCAUAUGAAUUAUUGUUAAUUGAAAAUAUAUAUGAUUGGGAGGGGUAUCAAUAAGCUGAGGUUCUGAACAUAGCUUUAUGUCUUAAGUAUUUUACAAAAGGGAUGCAUCUACUGUGCUAUAUCAAUGAUGGAUCGAUUCAUGAGGGCCUCAAUAAAAAUUUAUGUUUACUUUUUACAUUCUUUCACU